UGGUACAAACGUCAGUCAGCACAGUCUAUGUGUACCAGGCCGUUGGACAACUCCUGUUGAUAAAGAUUUUGUAAUAAUUUACUUAAUUUAUGCGGUUUUUCGAGUGAUUUUGUCAGUUUAGUGUUUAGAUAGUGCUGUGAUAAGGAUUUGACAAUGUAUUCGAAGAUGCCGUUUUCAUUGGAAAACAUACCGAGGCAGAGGAGUUUUGGCUGUCUCUCACUCAAAUUCGGCUGCAUAUUCUCAGGUUUACUCAUAAUACUAUACACAGUGCUAGCACUCGCACAAUGUCUGGCCUCCUUGGACAAGCAGAUCCCGGGCUCCGUGAACAUGGACAACCUGGAGAAUGUGAUGAUGUACAGCUUCGCGAUUGGGGUCAUUGUCGGACACAUCAUCACGCUGAUUCUUACUACUAUUAUGAUGGUCGGCGCGUUGAGGGAAAAAGCUUACCUAAUUAAGCCAUGGGUGGUGUGGACAUCGUGCAUCGUGAUGGCCAACAUGCUGCUGAUCGUGUUCUGCACGGUGCUCGUCAUGAUCCCCAGCCACACCGACUCCUCGGAGCUGCUCAUGUACUUCGUCAUCUCCUUCCUUGGAUUAAUAAUUCGCAUCUACAUGUUAAUGCUGGUUACAAGUUACUACAUGGACCUUGAGGAGGAGAAAAUAGAACGCCUGCGCACAUUACUGAACACCGACACUUGGCACAGUACUGCGUAACAUUGCUCUUAAGAUUUUGCUAGGCGCUCCAAAGAUGAAUAAGAAAUGGAUAUGAAAAUAACAAGAAAUGUAUAUGAGCAUUUACCAAUUCACAUUACCAUUUUUUUUUAUUGUUUGAUUGUUGUAAUUGCAUAUAUUAAAAGUGUUGUUAGGAUAACGCCAGUAAUCUAUCUUAAUACCUACAACCAUGUUGUAUUGAAAUUGUGAUGUUAAUAGGGCUAUUUAAGUAGCUUGCAUACCUAAUCAAAAUUAAACUUAACAUUUAAGAAUUUUCAUUUCUUGACAAAAACCUUUCAGUAAUGUCUAGUUACGAACAUUGCCUAUUGUAAAUAAUAUUUCUUACGUAUAAGUGAUUUUUAUUAAAGUUUAUUCAUGUGAUUUUAUUGUAAUCCUUGUAAAUAUUCCACCUCAAAGAUUGUGAUAGUAAGUAAUUAAAUUAGUUCGUAAAAAUAAAACAUUAAAAAAAUA